AUGAGGGGCAAAGCCGACUACUCACCACUCUACCUCGUGCUCAUCGAGGUCCUCUCCCUCCUCAGCCUCACGGUCCGACCCUCGCGCGAUAGGUGGUUAUGGUUCAUCCCCAUAGCUUUGCUCAGUGUUUAUGUGGUGGGUUUUACGGCUUCGGAGGACCUUGUUGGGGAUUAUAGUCAGGGGUUGUGGGUUGUGACGAAUUUGUGGAUCGUGUCGGAUUUUGUGCUGUUGACGGAUGUGCAGAGGGUGUUGGGGAAGGGAGGGAGGAAGGGAGAAGAGGGGAGGGCUGGGAAUGGUAAUGACGGGAGAGGGAAGGCUAUAUCCGAAGCUCCGUUCAGCCAGAGGCUGAAAUGGGGUUUCGAACUCUUGAUUUCGCCUAGAGGCAUGGGCUGGACACACGCCUCCAACCCCUCGCACCGCAGCCUCCCCAAAACCUCAAAAUCUCGGUGUAUCCAGCAACACCUGCUUUACCUUGUACACUGUUUAAUCGUCUACGACCUCGCACAAAUUGUCUUCACUUUGAAUCCUGCGUUUGAUCGGAAGACGGGGCAGAGGUUCUGGUGGCAGCCGUGGUGGGUCAAGCCGAGUGUUUUGGCGCAUACGAUGGCUUCGUAUGGGGGUAUGGGAGGGGUAUAUUGUGUUGGGACUAUUUUGGUUGUUGCGGUUGGCUUAGUGCAGCCGGAGGAAUGGCCGUUUAUGUAUGGGUCGGUGUGGGAGGGGUAUACGGUGCGGAGGUGCUGGAGUAAGGUUUGGCAUCAGAAUAUGAAACGGUUCAUGAUGGCGCAUACGAACUACCUUGCCGACAUCCUUCACCUCCCACAUUCAUCCCCCCUCCGACGAUCCUUCAAACUCUACCUCUCAUUCGCCAUCUCCGCACUCAUCCACUACUGCGGCGACUACAUGCUUAUCCAGAGCUGGCACGGUGCUACGGGUGCUCUCAUUUUCUUCUUCUCCCAAGCCGUUGCCAUUACUUUCGAAAGUGCUGUCAUAUCCGCAGCUAAAAGCUUGCUUGGAUUGAGAAGGGCGACGUGGUGGACCAGGGCUGUAGGGUCAGAACUCGUGAACUUUGCACUCUUACCCUCUGAACCCUGGAAACACCUUCGAUCGUAUCUGACGAGAAAGAACGUGGUCGAUCCAGGAUUGACAGAGCCAGAGAAGAUCAAGCUGGGAUGCGACGAGGAAUUCAUCGAGCGAUUGAAGGAUCCCGACAAUGGACCUCGGAAGGCGAUCAUCCGCGUCAUAUGCCGAGAGGUGUACGCGCUUUCAGGGUUGCAGGGCGAUCUCCAUCCGUGCAUGGAGGAACUCCUACAAAUAUGCAAGGGAAACAAAGCCACGCUAGUCAAGAUGCUUCAAACCGACUUUCUCAAUAGCAAAACGCCACUCGAGUUCAUUUUGGAGAUGCUCCCGGAUGAGUGCUUUGCGGCGCCAUCAUUCGAGUGUAUGCCUCCUGUGAUUGCAGCGCUCGCAAGUGUCUUUCUGCCCUUUGAAGAAUCGGUUGCUUUUCAGCAGCUGAUGUCCCACUGCCUCAAGAGAAAUGGGAACGCCUUGUACCAACUUUUCAAUCGAUAUCGAGACUUCGACGAGGGGGACGCAGUGAUAACCCGUUACACUGUCACUGUCACGGCCACUGCUUCACAAGAGCCCUACAACAGGCCUUAUGUAUACAUACAUCGUGCCUAUCUGGAGAUACCAAACUUCCCCGAGCGGUUGAUGAUAACAAACAAAAUCGACAUUCGUUUCAUUGCGUUCUAUACCGUAUUCUCCUGCUGCAUCUUUUGCGAUUCGAGUGGAUCAUUCAAACUCAAAUUCGAGCAUCAAGGACCAACUUCUGACACUCGUUCUGCAAGUGCUAAUGGCUACGACGCGAGUCUGAGCCUAUCAGACGGGAAGUGGAAAUCAUCAGAACUGCCAGUGAUUGUUUCAACGAAGCCACAGGGCAAGAAUGAUUCUGCUUAUACAACCGGUACUUUUGACUUGGCUCGUACCAGACCCCCUUUGGCUGGAUCAUUAGAAGCUUCCGGGCCAGAGGAGUUUUAUACAGCGCCGACACUGGAGACUGCGCCAGCGAUCGUCAAACUUAUCGGGAUCUGUAACUUCGAAAUGAGGAAAGAGCAUUUGCAGGAUCUGACAGACGCGUCUCAAAAGAAGAAUUCCAACUCGUUGUUCCAGCUCUUCAAUACUGCCAGGAGUUAUUCCUACUGCUCCACUCGUUAUACUGUCAAGCUCGAAUCCACUUCGAAGAUACAAUUCACCAUUCCAAACUUCCCAGAACGAAUGCUCAUGGAAGGCCGGAUUGACUUGCGCUUCAUUCUCAUGAGUGAGUCGAUCGAGUCUCGGGUGUUCGAAUUGGCAUUGACCAAGAUAUACCAGCAAGGCUGUGGACCUUUUCCUUCGAGUGUACAGGAGGCCCAGGCGUUUGGAGAACUACGGCAAACGUGA